GUUAGAUCUACCCAUUUGCAAAAGUUGGAAGAAAAUUCAAUGAAAGGGAACAUUCAACAACAUAAUUUCUGCCAGAUGAAAUGGAACCCCAAACGCUUUUCAGGAUUCUACAAUAAUUAAAACUUUCCUCAGUACGGUGUACACCAUAAGAAAAGUCUUGCAGCAAUGUUGAAAAAUCCUGUCUUUGUGGAGUCAUUCAUUGUUUUCGUCAUCGUGUUGUCUGUCCACGCUGUGAUCUGGAACAUCUUUACCUGGUGCACACUUGCCUUGGCGAUUCAGGCUUAUUAUGUUCAGCAUAAGUGGGACAGGUUACUAAAGUCCGGAAAUGCUGUUUUUCAAUAUAGGUCGGCCUUUAGUAGUGGCCUGCUACCAGCCAGCGUGGUAUUGCCUCUGCUAGGAAUUGUGUUAAAGGAGCAGUGGGAAACUGUUGGAAAUGUACAGUUCGAGCGGUUCUGCAUCGUGUGUUCAGCUGCAGGAAUGGCCAUUGCUCUGUUCAUCUCAUUACUGGGUUUGGGCCUCACAAAGCCUCGGCCCACGAAUACCAGCAUUCUGUAUGGUUUUGCAACCAGUGCCAUAAUAUAUGCCCUUAAGCAUGCUCUUUCAGUGUCUGAGGUCAUUGAAAUCCUGGAGAUAUUAUUAAUUUUUGUCUAUCUUUCUCUCAUUGUCCUUUAUAUUAUGCCACGGAGCUUCACCCCAGGAGAAGUUAUGCUGUUUCUGUCAGGUUUGAGUAUAGUCACCAACCAGCUCAUCAAACGGUCUUUAACUUUCGGAGACGGUAGAUGUGAUCCACUCGCAUCAUUCCUCUUGGUGACUGUGGUUGGAAUCGCCCUUCUGGGAUUUGUUUUUACUCUCUUAUACUGUUUUAUGGACUCUAAAACCUGGGUUUCAUCGCUGAUUUUCCAUGUGACCGCUGUGGCUUUUGGAAUGGGAAUCAUGGUGCCCUGGUUCUACCGGCUGACCAGAAACCAUCUUUUUUCUUGGCUUCUCAACUUCCUUACAUCCACCAGAACCAGGAUCUACCUACUGAGCUACUGGGUCACAUUGGCAUUUCUUGCUUCUAUCAUUGUCUUUCACCAGAACAGUAUGCAAUCAUCUGGGUCUAAAGAGUACAAAGCUUCAACUACUAUGCGGAAAAGCUUUCAUUUCAUCAUAGUGGCAACCUAUGUCCCGGGUCUCAUCUAUGAUCGUCCACUACUCUAUGCUGCUGCUGUGGUUUGCUUUGCUGCAUUUGUGAUGUUGGAAUAUAUAAGGCAUUUUAGGAUUAAACCACUCGGAAUGAUGUUGAGACCAAUGCUAGCCCUGUUCCUUGAUGACCGUGAUAGUGGUCCUUUGAUCCUGACGCACAUUUACCUGCUGCUAGGACUGACCCUGCCUGUAUGGCUUUUCCCUGGUAUGUUUGCUCCACAGAGUUCUUUUCCAGGAGAGGUAGCACUGGCUCCAUACGCUGGGGUUCUGGCUGUGGGCAUUGGCGACGCCUUGGCUUCUGCUAUUGGAAGCACAAUGGGAGAAGUUAGGUGGCCUGCAACAAGGAAAACCUUUGAAGGAACAGCAACCUCUGUCUUUGCCCAAAUCAUUGCUGUUGCUUUGAUUCUGAUUUUUGAUAAAACAGUGAGUCUGAAUGGCAGCUACACCUGGAUUGUGGGGUCUCUUGGUAUAGUCUCCCUACUAGAAGCUUACACUGAUCAAAUAGACAAUCUUUUACUGCCCUUGUAUCUUUUCCUUAUGCUAAUGGUUUGAAUGAGAGAGUUGGAUGUACACUGACAUUGCAGCAAAUUAUCUGUUUUUGCUGGUACAAGGGCAGAUACUACCCAAAAAAAAGGAAAUCAUUAUAUUUGGAGGUGAUUCCAAACAAAUUAAUAUCUAACUGAUAAAUUAUUACUUUAAAGUAAUGAUAACUGUAAUACAAAAGAAUGUGUUCAGGCUUUUCCCAUCAGUAAAUUCAUUCUCCGAAGUGAAAUUAAGCCAUACACUCCAGGAACGUCCCUUAUUUGUUCUCUCGUCUAGAUUGAUUUAACCAGCUCAUCCUGGCUAGGGAAAUUAAUUAAAAUAAAUCAGCCAGAGCAUCCAGAAUCUAUAAAGAAGGAAGACCUUGAAACGUCAGAUGUAGCCUUUUAUUUAUAGCAAUGAGCAAAGAACUGUGCCUUAAACAUCAGAAUGGUAAAGGCCACAACUGCUGUCUUUCACAUGUACCUCAACACAGGUCAUCAGUAAGAGGGAAAUCUUGUCAAAUGGUAUUUUCUCUGUUCAGCAAAAAUGAAACAAAUAUUGUGCACCCCAACCAUUGAUGCAAUCAUGUCAAUCCUGUAUAUUUCUGACAUACAUUUUUUCACACAGUUGGAAGUCACAAUUCGCUUCAAAAUAGUGCAACUACUGAAUUCUGAGAUAAACAUCCACAUUGCUGGAAACACUCAAUGUCUGACCUGCAAAGUAUAACAAAAAGAAAAAGUUAAUAUUUAAGGUCUAAUCUUUUAAGUGUUCUGAUUGAGAGUGAAAGCGGAAGGGUUAACCUUUGACCUUUGAUAAAAUUCUGUCUGGCUAACUGAGUCCUUCCAAAAUGUUGUGUGUCUGUUCCAGAUUUCCAACAUCUCCAGUAUUUCAUUACCAUUCCUGAUCACUAUCCAGAAAAUCCUGAUGAUGAAAGGUCCUUGUGGAUUUUCGGCCAGGAUGACAUAAUCUCAAUAUAAAAUGUUCUUUCAUUGACCCAACCUGGCAUUACCAAAUGGAGAAGAGAGGAACAAAUUAUAAAACUGAAAACAAAAAAUGCUGGAGAUCGAGAAAAAACAUCUUUAUCUGUCCUCUCAACCAGCAAAUCUUGUGAUAAUAGUGUGUUUAGGAUUCGUUGCUGAUAAUUAGUGAUUGAGAUGUAUAGAUCACACCUCAACCAUCUCAAACUUAAUUAUGUGACUUAUGCCUGAUGGACCUUAAGAUUUUAUUCAGUGUAAGAUCAUGGCUAACACCUAUACAGUGUACAUAUCGGUAAAUGGAGUGAACAUUAGUUCUUAAUGAAACCAGGUCAACUAGGAACAGUACAAAGAGGUAUGUUUGUUACUAGAGUAACAUGAAGCAAUGCAGAACAUUCACAAAAUAAUAUCUAACCUCUUAUACUUCAUUAAUUUAAGGAAAUUGUGAUCUGUCAUUGGGGAAAGAAGCACUGAACGGAGUGAAGGAUCUUUCUCAGUGUGAGCAGAGAGAAGGUUAGAGGAAUCAAGAUUCUGAAAUCAUCUCUAAGGAACUAUUGGAAUGAAAAGGGGAGAAGUGGGAAAACAGGAAAGGAAACAGAAGUGCAGCAGGAAAAAAUCAAAAUCAGACUUACUCAAUCUUCUGAAGGCAGUUAGAGAUGGACAAUAAAUGCUUGUCUAGCCAGUGACUUCUACAUCCUAUGAGAAAUUUUCAGAAAUACCCAUGCAGACAGACACCUAAACUUCCUAGUUUAAAGAAUUUAUAAUUUUAGCCCCUUCAUUCAGGUUUGAACUACUGUAGGGCACACAUCAAAUAAAGUGGUUAAGCAAAGCCUACUGAACUCUGAUAGAGUCAUACAGCAUGCAAACAGACCCUUUCUCAGUGCUUCCAUUUGCAUGCUCAUCCAAUGAGCAAUACCUCUGCAGAUGCAAUAUAUAUUAACAGUACAGACUGCAGUGUAAUUCAUCCACCAGCCUUUUUUUUUCUCUCUCUCCCACCCCAUCUUUAAGCAUGGCCCAGUUCAAAAGUCUAUUUCUGAACAUGUUGCACUUCAUCAUAUAUUGAUCACCAAUCACCAUCCUUAUGCUGAACUGUAUUGUAGUGAAGUACAGAAGGUUUGGAAUGUAUUCACUGGAAGUAUAAAAUGUCAAACAAGAAUAAAAUCAGAAUCUAUCGAUCAUU